AUGGUUCAUUUGACCACCACGGACAUCGGUCAUGCUGAGAGCACCCUGCCACCAAUGGGAAGUUUUGUCUACGCAAUGCCUGACAUGAGAGACAACCGCAAUGUGAUCAGCACUCCUCUCGCGACCUCGGGCUCCAGCAUUGACUACGCCACUAGGAUGGCUAAGAUACUUGCGCGAAAGAUGAAACACCCAGUGUACGUGGGUUGCAGCAUGGAUUUCACUGGCACGACAGCCGAAGAGGAAAUGGAAGGCUUCGCCGCCGUCGUCGAUCACAUAAUGAAGAGGUGGAACCUAAAAUCGUGA